UAGCGGGUCUUGUCGCGGACGGCCGCAUGUUAGCCCGCUUCUUGCGCACAGAAUGUAUGAACUAUCGCUAUAUGCACGACAGCGAUAAUCCUUUGCCGCUCAUAGCGGAAAUUGUUGGAGAGAAGUAUCAGCGCCACAUUCAGUUUGCAGGGAAGCGGCCCUUUGGUGUGGGUCUUUUAAUUGCUGGAUAUGACAGCACAGGGCCUCAUUUGUAUCAUACAGUCCCAUCUGGAGACGUAUUUGACUUUAAGGCAACGGCCAUGGGUUUGCGCUCACAGGCUGCUCGUACAUAUUUGGAAAAGCACUUUGAAUCUUUCCCAGACUGUGGCCUUGAUGAGCUUAUUAUGCAUGCAUUGAAGGCACUUGCGGCGGCAACCUCGGGAGGCGCGGAGCUAAAUAUAAAGAAUACAACGAUUGCCAUAGUAGGAAAGGGCACACCUUUCAUGGUUCUCACGGAGGAGGCAGCGCGGAAGUACUUGGAUGGUUUUAAGAUGCGUCCAGAGGACAUUCCCCCCGCUCCGGAAGCUGAAGAGGAGGAAACUCUGCAAGAACGCUCCUUGGAUGUGGAGGAGUGA